AUGUGUAACGACAGCAAAGCAUCGUCCACUUCUACCCAUCCAGUGGAAAUAUUUUUCAAAGUCGAGAAAAGAGUUGUCUAUGCCGAUGGAUAUAAACCGGACGAGUCCUCCGAAAUCAAGAUAUCCGUCGACGACGACUAUUCUACAUACGGGCCAGGCGCGUUCGCAGAAGCAUGGCCGGGAUGCCCAGCAGACCACAGCGGAAAACGCCCUAUCGUUGAUGAUGAAAUGAAAGUCGCGCUCCACGAGGGAGACAGCAGUUCUUUCCCAGCUGGCAGGCGUCCGAAGUUGCAACUAGACAUCCUCACGCUGGCGCUGCCACAAUUCGUCCACGAAUGUCACACUGGCUGCAGUUCUGCGUCAACGAGCGAAUCUCUCUUGUCGCCCGCUUCCUCUGCCAGUGCGAAGUCCGCCUUCUCCCGCAUUUCUGUAGCCUCCAGGAAGCCGUUCGCAUGGCUCCAGAGAACGUAUCGGCAUUGA